GGCUGGUAAAAAUGGCUGAUGGCAAAGACGACCCCGCCGUGUUCACCUCCGCUUCUCUGCCCUCAGACCCACGGCUGCUGGCUACGGUGACUAACGCUUACCUGGGCACCCGUGUGUACCGGGACAUCCUCCACGUCAACGGUGUGUACAACGGGGCGGUGGGAGACACGCACCGUGCCGACAUCCCCAGCCCUGUCAAUGUUAGAAUGACGGUGCCUGGCGCGGACAGCCUGGCUGAGACCUUCACCUUGAACACCCGGACGGGAACCUUCAGCCAUGUGCUUCAGUCAACUGAUUAUACAGCCACCCAUCAGAUCUACGCUCACCAUUCCCUUGUCCACUUGAUGGCCUUCAGCAUCACCGUCCAACGAUCAGCUCACACCACCCAACCCAUCACGGUCCAGCUCCAGACUCCUUUUGUGCCAAAGAGCCGGGACUUGGACCUGAACCAAGGACCAGACUUCCAGGGAGCGCACUACGUCUACGGGAAGACGCUGGUUCCCGAGGUGGAGGGGGGACCCCGUCCCACAGUUCACAUGCUCUGGACUCCCGUGCCGCAAGACUUGACGUUGCGUGGGGAGGAGCGGGAGCGAUCCUGGGAGUUCCUGACGGCCGUGGCCGAGAGUGAAGAGGAGGUGAAGAGGAGCUACAGCAAAGGGCUGGCCCUCAUUGCUGUUGGUUCCCUGCACUCCUCCCAUGCCCACGCAUGGACCAUGCUGUGGCGAGGCUGCUGCAUAGACCUGGAUGGACCUCUGCCUUUGAGGCAGGCCCUCUACGGGUGUCUCUACUACCUGCUGAGCGCCAUCCCGCCCCGGGGGAACCUGGGCUUUCUCUUCCACGGCAUCAGCCCUGGCGGCUUGUCCAACGGCACUCAGGGCGAGGACUACUGGGGGCACAUCUUCUGGGACCAGGACACCUGGAUGUUCCCGAACAUUCUGCUAUUUUAUCCUGAAGCUGCCCGAGCCAUCCUGGAGUACCGGAUUCGCAUGCUGGAAGGAGCCUUACGCAACGCGCAGGAGCAAGGCUACAAGGGUGCUAAGUUCCCGUGGGAGAGUGCAGCCACUGGCCGGGAAGUCUGCCCUGAGGAGAUCUACGGAGCCCAAGAAAUCCAUGUCACUGGGGACGUUCUGAUGGCCUUUGAGCAGUAUUAUUGCACCACGCAGGACCAGAAGCUGUUCAGGGAGGAUGGAGGCUGGAAACUGGUGGGUGCAGUGGCUCAGUACUGGUGCAGCAGGAUGGUGUGGAGCGAGGAGGAGCAAUGCUACCACAUCAAAGGUGUCAUGCCCCCAGAUGAGUAUCAUUACCGGGUUGAUAACUCUGUUUACACCAACGCCGUGGCCCAGCGGAGCUUAAAUUUUGCAGCUGAUGUUGCUCGGGACUUCUUGAUCCCUGUGCCAGAGGAGUGGGUGGACUGUGCAAAGAAAGUCAAAGUGCCCUUUGAUGCGGAGAAAAAAUAUCACCCCGAGUACGAUGGUUACAGCCCAGGUGAGCCUGUGAAACAAGCUGACGUUGUCUUGCUUGGAUUCCCGCUGAUGCACCCCAUGAGCUCUGAAGUCCGGAGAAAUGACCUGGAGAUGUACGAACCCGUCACUGAGAGGGAUGGGCCAGCCAUGACCUGGAGCAUGUUUGCAGUGGGCUGGCUGGAGCUAAAGGAGGUGCAGAGAGCCCAGAGCCAACUGAAGAAGUGUUUCAGCAACAUCACAGAACCCUUCAAGAUCUGGGUGGAGAACUCGGAUGGGUCAGGAGCUGUGAACUUCUUGACAGGGAUGGGUGGAUUCUUGCAAGCUGUCCUCUUUGGCUACACAGGGUUCAGGAUCACAAAGACCAGCCUCCGCUUCAACCCUGCCUUUCCUGAUGACAUCAACAAGUUGAAAGUCACCGGCGUCUCCUACUUCGGCAACAAACUGAAGUUCACCAUCACCAAAGAAGAGAUCAGGAUCAAAGUGACCGAGUCUCCCCGGGACCCUCCGGCAUCUCCCCUGGAAGCUGUGCUGGAGGAGUCGGGGCAGCAGUUUCCCCUGUGUGAAGGGCAGAGCGUCUCUUUCCCCACGGCGGCCGGCUGGAUUCAGAGGUCAUCCGCCAAGGCAUUUUAAACCUUGGUUGAUCUGGGUUUUACCCACCAAAGCAGCAGAAACAAGUUGAAGAGCAGAAGCUGGCAGAGGGGGAAGGUAAAGGUGGGGUGGAAGGGGUCCCAGGCUGUGCCAUAAACCCUUU